AGUGAAUGACGGGUACCUGAAUGUAAGUAUGACCUUUGACCUGCGCUAACGUCUGUACCCGGUGUUUCCGUGACGCCCUCGAUGGUUUAGCGCCGAGCACUUAGCUGGAGUCUCAGUCUUUCAGUCUUACCUACCUCCUCACGGACUUACCUGGAGCUUCACUACCUUCUGGAUGUCAUGGCAACCCUUCAGGUUCACUCGCAGGCUGAAGGUUUUACUCCCAGGAUUCCAAGCGAGGGUUGCUAAGGUGACGUGUUGGUGAGCUUCGUGAAGAUGUGUUUGUUUCUCUGGGCGAGAAAAUAAUCACGUGGUUUGCUGACAGUCGGCUGUGUGAGAAAUGAAGUGUUAAUUAAUGUGUUGAGAGUAAGGUGUCGGUAGAGGGAAAGGUAUGGAUAACAAACUAUCGUUCGAUACGUGGACUGUGAUUUUGUGAUUGGCGAUACCUGAGAUAAUCGAUUAUUGUGAUACGUGCACUGUGAUGUGUGAUUGGUGUUACCUGAGGUCAUCGAUACUUGGGAUACCAGCGACUCCUGGUGUCUGUUGACAGCAUAACUGAGACGGACUUUGUAGCACAAGGGGGACAACACUCGUAAUGACAGUGUUGGAAUCUUCAGGAAAACAGAAAGGGAGGAACAAUGGAGGGCCGUGAAAUUACUCUGGGACACAAUGACUAAGACCGUCCUAGAGUGACCUCCCUCUUCCAACGUUCGCUUCUGCGAGCAUCCAUCCACAACAAGGGAGACAAUGGGCAUCUUGCCGGACAUCAGUGUCAACAACAGGGUGGUGAACCACGAUGCACAUCGAGUUCAGCGUCCUCUGGAGGCACGCAAGGCGCAGUCACUUCCCCCUCCGAGAAGGAAUGGCUACCUCGUGACCUCAGAAUACCUCGCCCCUGAUCGUGACCGGGGUCGUUACCAUGGUGAUGAGGGACAAGCAAGAAAGGAGGCAGCUUCACACAGUCGCCAGCUGUCUCUUCCCUUCAAAAAUACGAAAGCAGAGAAUCGCCGGGACAAAGCCAGGUCCGCCCCCAGUCACCAGGACGCCCCUCCACAGGGUGUGCCUGCUCCUAGAGUGAACAACUUCCUGUCGGGGGCCAGUUUGUACGGGGGCGACUCGGGUCAAGUUUCCAAAGGCUUUGCAGGGGUGCCGACCAGACAUCAAGACGAAAGCCAUUUGAAGUCAAACAAGUUUGCGUCGAGCUGGGCACAAGUACGAGCAGAAAACCACAUCGAGGUGACAGCAAGUAACGAGCGAGGCAACGAUCCAGCGACAGAGGCUGUGAAGACACACGACAGCACCAAACAUUCUCCAAGAAAGACAGAAAAGACAACAUCGCCUUUCCACGCCAGACCUCGAGAGGAACCAGAGAAGUCCAGAGCAUCCAAACCUCAUCCGGGGAGGGCGACCCACGCACAGUCACGUGACAGCCAGGCAACAAAGUCCCAACAGGGUCAUUUAUUCCACGCGAGACCGCGCGAGGAGGGGAACGACCAGUCCAUGGAGCCAACCGCGGCUCAGCAGCCGACGUCACGGCUGUCCACGAAGAGUGGCCAAUCGAAAAGCGAGAAAGAUGCGCAAGCUGGCAAGCUUGUAUCGCCAACCGAGGUAGACGGAAUUAAAGAUGGGUUUCGUGAUAGCAAAAUUAAAGAAAACGAAGUCGAUGGAAGAAAUCCGCGUGCCAACGGAGCGGAGAGGAUGCCGGGAAAACGAAGGCCAGCGUGGAACGACCGCCUGGCGCUGAACCCAGAAGCCGUUCAACCAACCCGCGGAUCGUGGCGCCGAUACGAGGCCGAGCUGACCUACAAACCAACCACCACGUCCACGCAGAACAUCCAGAAGGCUUACCUGGCGCCACCCAAGACCAUCACACUCGACACCGGAGACGAUGUUGACAAAGUCAGUCCACGACAGCUGCCGACUGCCGGUGAGCCCACAGCUGGUGACGAGGAGACUGUGACUUCCGAGGGGAAUCCCGGGGACAAGGAGUACAUCCUGUCGCGUGCUGAGGCCCGGAUGUUCCUGCAGAUGCAGGAGACGUAUGGCAGCGACGCCUUUCUGACAGCGCGCAAGAAGAGGUUCUUCAAUGCGUUGCUGGAGGUGCAGAAGCAGGAGGAGAAGAGGCAGGUGGAGGAACAGCGUCGACGGAAAAAGAAGAUGGAGGAGAGCAAAAAGCGCCAACAUCGGCAACUUCUGUACGUUCGCCGGAAGUACCGAGCUGAGCAGGCGCAUCGCUUCCGCACGCAGUACGUGACGCUGCGAGUGUUCGAGCGCAAGCGCGCGGAUAGGCUGAUGUACGGGCUGCCCGACGAUUCUGAUGAUGAAAUCUUCGAUGGAACUGGCAUCGAGGAUCAGGAGGCAGACGGGAAGGAAAAAUCGAACAUCGUGCAGGACAAAAACAACUCCAGGCACGAGAACGGUGGUGGCAUGCAGACAGCAGCAGCAAAAAACAUGGCAGACAAGCAUGAUCCAAUCAGAACCGCCGACAGUGAUGAGAACAACCCUAAACACCAGUCUCCACAACGAAAGGUCACGUUUUCGCCGGAUAAAGGAACAGACCAGUCACCCAGUGGUCACCCUCUCGACAGUCACACCAAUGAACAAAGUGUGAAACAUUCUGAGAAAAGCGAUGUAUCUGGGAAUGGCAGUUCAAAAACUGCGCUUGUCAAAUCAGAUCCCAGGAUGGCAGGUGAUGACAACAAAGAGACAUCAGUGAAAGUAGAGGAAUCAGGCUCCAACAAUAAGAGUGCAACGACUGAAUAUGAAGCGGGCAGUCCUAACAAGAAAAGCAGAACCAGAAAGAACUGUCACCUACAGGAGGUACCACGGGGACAAGCGGGAGCAAUCCUAGUAAAAGAGACAAUACUGUAGGUCACAAGCAGGUCAAAGAACACCAGCCUCCA